GUCUCUGCAGUGCUGCCGGCAGUCAUGUUCAGGUAGAGAACGACCGGCUAAACGGCGGCCACCAUGCGGAAACAUCUGGAAAGGAUCCGUUUCCGGGGCCAGAGACGGGAUGAGUUCCCGGAUCUGGCCGAUUCUCCCAACACCUCCGACACAGAGAGCAACGAGGAGGUCGUGAGCAGACCUCGAGUCUCCGCCAGAGAUUCAGAGGAGCUGAGGGAGGCGGAGGGGGAGCAGAGUGACGCUCAGGCUAGUCAUGCAUCGUUCUCUGCUGCUCUCCACGACGACUCCAGGACGGAUCUCAACGAGGUCAAAGGUCACCUGGAAAUCGCCUUGUUAGGGAAACACUUCUUAGGUGAGUAA